AGAGAGAGAGAGAGUAGCUAUCAUGGACGGAGAAACCCACCACCAUGUCAGACCCCGUCGGCGAGCGCUUCUCUCGGCCGUCACUCCUCCUUCGUCAUCGACGGUAGAAGAUACCAAGUACAAGGAGGACGACUACAGCGAUGACCAGCUCCUCACGGUUCCGGCCGGUUGGAUGAUAAAGCUGGUGGCGAUCCAGGUGGAGCUCAUCACCUCCUGCUUCCUCUCCCUCAUCGCUCCCUUCCUCUACCUCUACUUCCAGUCCCAAGCCGUCCCCUCCCGCUUCGCCCACGGCGUCACCGCCCUCCUCCGCCGGCUCACCUUCGGCAUCCUCGGCGCCGUCUGCGCCAUGGUCAUCCUCCUCGCCGUUAUGGUCGUUUCUGUUCUCCUCGGCGUCGGACUGGCCCGGCUGUGUGUGGAGGAGCCGGUGUUGCUGCGCCAGCCGUUGCACUUCGACUACACCCAGGUCCAUCCGAACGCCACGGUGGCUCUGCGAGGCGCAUGGCGCAGAGGAAGGGCAGUGCCGGCCGGGCACUCAGUAAGUGUCUCCCUCAUGCUCCUCUUGCCGGAAUCCGAUCACAAUCUCCGGAUCGGUGUCUUCCAGGUGCAUGCCGAGGUCACCUCAUCCACUGGGAACGUAAUAGCGACGUCCAGCCAGCCAUGCAUGCUGCGGUUUCAAAGCCAUCCUGUGCGACUGAUGCGAACGUUCGUGAUGGGCUUCCCUCUUCUGCUGGGUAUCAGUAGCGAGAGCCAGAGAGUAGCCAUAGAGAUGCUGGGAUACAAGGAAACCAGGACGAGAAGUGAGAUGGUGAGGGUGAAGCUGAAACCCAGAGCCGGAACCACUGAGCUGCCACAAUUGUAUGACGCGGAGGUCUUCAUGAAGUCACAGCUGCCAUGGGCAAAAGAAGUGGCCCAUAACUGGAAGUGGACGUUCUAUGUCUGGACUUCGCUUUACAUGUACAUACUUCUUUUGAUCCUGCUGGUUUGCUGCUUCAAGCCAUUUGUCAUGCCGAGGCUGAGACGCUACGGAGCUGGGGGGCUUGCGGAGGUCAAGAAGGAUUCCAUGGAUGAUCACAGAAUCGAGAGAGAGAUGUCGGAUAAAAGGCUUUCCGACGCACUGAGAGCAUUGCGUCAGAGGGGCAAAAGGAAGGCGCUGCUGCGACCGGAACUCGUCGAGGGCGCCGCCUCAAGCGUCGCCGGAGGGGAGGCGAUGGCGGCGAGCGAGGUUAUCGAUGACUCUGGGGAUUUCGCGGCUUCGGAAUCCUCCGAGUGCGUCGGGGGAUAGUUUGGCUCAGAGAGAUGGAUGCAAUCCUCAAUGCGAGCAUGUUUGUAUGUGGCCUGUGUGGACUUCAUGUUCUCAACCAUUGUGAAUUGAACCUUUCUCUGUUGUGUUCUGUGAUCCUUGAAGAAAGGAUGCGUCGCCUUUGAAAGUCUUCGCAUGGCUCCGGGAUUUCGAAUAACAAUGAUUGAAUGUAUUAAAUACA